CGCUGCAGCCCGGCGACCCGCCGCGCUCUUCCUCGUCUUGUUCGUUACGCCGCUGCUAUCGCCGCCACCGCCGCCACCGCCACCGCAACCAUGUCGCGGGGAAUCAUGCCCAGCCAGCAGAAGCUGGCCGAGAAGCUCACCAUCCUCAACGACAGGGGCGUGGGCAUGCUGACGCGCAUUUACAACAUCAAGAAGCAAGGACAAGUCUGGAAGGCGUGCGGAGAUGCGAAAGCCAAGCCACAAUGUUUAGCAGACAAGAACCUGGAGUCUGCAGUCAAAUUCAUCGUGCGCAAAUUCCCGCACGUGGACACGCGCAACAACAGUCAACAGCUUACCCAUCUCAACACUCAGAAGGCCGACAUUAUGAAGAACCUGAGUCUCUAUUACUGUACAUUUGUUGAUAUCAUGGAUUUCAAGGACCAUGUGACGGAGCUGCUGAACACCAUAGAUGCUUGUCAGAUCUACUUUGACAUUACGGUGAAUUUUGACAUCACCAAGAGCUAUCUGGACCUGAUGGUGAUGUACGCGACCAUCAUGCUCAUGCUGUCGCGCAUUGAGGAGCGCAAGGCCAUCAUUGGCCUGUACAACUACGCGCACGAGAUGACCAACGGCUCCAGUGACAAAGACUUCCCACGGUUGGGUCAGUUGAUUCUGGACUACGAGAACCCCAUGAAGAAGAUGAUGGAGGAGUUUGGACCACACAGCAAGUCGGUGACAGAGGCGCUCUUCUCGCUGCAAACGGUGUACCCGCGGCGAAACCUGUCGGCCGAGCAGUGGCGCGCGGCACAGAUGCUCAGCCUCAUCAGCGCCCCGUCCGCCAUGCUCAACCCCGCUCAGUCCGAAACGAUGCCAUGCGAGUACCUCUCCCUGGAUGUCAUGGAGAAGUGGAUUAUCUUCGGCUUCCUGCUGUGUCAUGCCAACCUCAACACAGAGCAGAUGGCAGUUACACUCUGGCGUCUGGCGCUGAACAGUGGCUUCUGCCUCACACUUUUCCGUGACGAGGUGUUCCACUUCCACAAGACCAUUGAGGAGCUCUUCCUCAACAUCAAGGGGUACAAUAAACGUGCCACGGAGAUUCGGGAACUGAAGGACCACGCUCUGACACACGCGGGGCCCAUGCACCGCGAGAGGAGGAAAUUCCUAAGGGCUGCACUGCGAGAACUUGUCAUGGUUCUCACCGACCAACCCGGCCUGCUUGGCCCCAAGGCUUUGUUCGUCUUCAUGUCUUUGUCAUUUGCGAGGGACGAAAUCUUCUGGCUGCUGCGCCACGCCGAGAACAUUCCAAAGGCCAAGAACUAUGAUGACUACGUGGACAAGCACCUGGCUGAGCUGAUGUUCUACAUGGAGGAGCUGCGGGCGCUCGUGCGCAAGUACGGGCCUGUCAUGCAGCGCUACUACGUGCAGUACCUCUUCAGCUUCGACGCCGUUGCGCUCAACGAACUCGUGCAGAAUCUGUCUGUGUGCCCAGAGGAUGAGUCCAUCAUCAUGUCCUCUUUCGUCAACACCAUGACCUCUCUGAGCGUCAAGCAGGUUGAGGAAGGUGAGAUGUUUGACUUCCGAGGCAUGAGACUCGACUGGUUCCGGCUACAGGCAUACACGAGCGUGUCGCGCGCCUCCCUGCACCUCAAGGACCACUGUGACCUCGGCCGCAUGAUGAACACCAUCGUGUUCCACACGCGGAUGGUGGACUCGCUCGACGAGAUGAUGGUGGAGACCUCCGACCUCUCCACCUUCUGUUUCCACAGCCGCCCCUUUGAGAAGAUGUUUCAGCAGUGCCUGGAGCUGCCCUCCCAGUCGAGGCACUCCGUCGCCUUUCCACUCAUCUGCUCACACUUCAUGAGCUGCACCCAUGAGCUUUGCCCCGAGGAGCUAUGGGAGGAAUCCGGAGAACCCGGAGGAUACCCAUGCAGAACAGGGGGAGAACAAAAAAAACCCACACAGAAAGGCGCCCGAGUCAGGAAUCCAACCCAGGCCCUUCUUGCUCGUCAUCACAUUGGUGACCGCAGCCUCUCGCUUUGCAACUUCUUCCUGGAUGAGAUGGCCAAGCAAGCACGCAACCUCAUCACGGAUAUCUGCUCCGAGCAGUGUGCCCUCAGUGACCAGCUGCUGCCCAAGCACUGUGCCAAGACUAUCAGCCAGGCGGUGAGCAAGAAAUCCAAAAAGCAGGCGCAGAAGAAAGGGGAAACGGAGAAAGAAAAACCCGGAGUGGAGAGCAUGCGCAAGGAUCGUCUUAUCAGCACCAAUCUGGACAAGCUGCACACGGCACUGGUGGAGCUCUGUUUCGCCAUCAACUACGCCCCGUCCAUCGUGGUGUGGGACCACACCUUCACACCGCGCGAGUAUCUCGCCCUGCACCUGGAGUACCGCUUUACAAAGGCCAUCGUGGGCAUGACGAUGUACAACCAGGCGACGCAAGAGAUCGCCAAGCCCUCGGAGCUGCUCACCAGCGUCAAGGCCUACAUGUCGGUGCUGCAGUCCAUCGAGAACUUUGUUCAGAUCGACAUCACGCGCGUGUUCAACAACGUGCUGCUGCAGCAGACGCAGCACAUGGACAGCCACGGUGACACCACCAUCACCACGCUGUACACCAACUGGUACUUGGAGACCCUGCUAAGGCAGGUGAGCAAUGGCUUCAUCGCGUACUCCCCGGCCAUGAAGGCGUUCAUCAACCUGCCCACGGAGAACGAGCUCACGUUCAACGCGGAGGAGUACUCGGACAUAACCGAGAUGCGAGCGCUGGCCGAGCUGUUGGGACCGUACGGAAUGAAGUUCCUCAACGAGAGCCUCAUGUGGCACAUCUCCUCCCAGGUGGCCGAGUUGAAGAAACUGGUGAUGGAGAACAUGGAAGUUCUGAUGCACAUGAGGACGAGCUUUGACAAGCCCGAACACAUGGCAGCACUUUUCAAGAAGCUCCAGUCUGUCGACAGUGUGCUCAAGCGGAUGACCAUCAUCGGCGUGAUCCUGUCCUUCCGAUCCCUGGCACAGGAGGCGCUGCGUGAUGUGUUAUCCCAUCACAUUCCGUUCUUACUCAGCUCCAUUAAGGACUUUAAGGACCACAUACCUCGUGAGACGGAUAUCAAGGUGGCGAUGGGGGUGUACGAGCUGUCGUCUGCCGCGGGGCUGCCGUGCGAGAUCGACCCGGCCCUCGUCCUCGCGCUCACCUCACAGAAAGGGGAAAACCUGUCUCCAGAGGAAGAGUACAAGAUUGCCUGCCUUCUCAUGGUUUUUGUGGCUGUGGCCAUUCCGACCCUGGCCAGCAACCCACUCUCCCAGUACAGCCCACUUCUGGAAGGUCACGUGAACAACAUCCACUGCCUGGCCAAAGCCGUGAACCAGAUUGCAGCGGCGCUGUUCACCAUCCACAAGGGCAGCAUCGAGGAUCGACUCAAGGAGUUCUUGGCGCUGGCCUCCUCCAGUCUGCUGAAGAUUGGACAAGAGACGGACAAAGUGUCGACCAGAAACCGUGAAUCUGUCUACCUCCUGCUAGAUAUGAUAGUCCAGGAGUCCCCGUUCCUGACGAUGGACCUGCUGGAAUCGUGCUUUCCCUACGUCCUGCUGCGUAACGCCUACCACGCCGUCUACAAGCAGGGGCUGAGCGCCGCCUCCUAGAGCGCUCCCCACACCCAACGUUGCCCGUUGACGUCUUUCUAUCACGUUCGUCUGUUCCGCCCACUUUUGUGUCAAGUGAGUGUGGUGUUAUUCUGUCUGUCGUGGCGUCCUCGUUGAAGAGAGUUACUUUGCACAAUGAAAUCUUUUGACAUGUGCCUCGGUGUGCGUUGCCUCGGCUCUACAGGCAGGCUGUCCCAUGUGCCCUGCACGAGGGUGUUCGUCUGAACGAUUGCGUAAUUCGUGGGCAAUCACCUGGUGGUUGUGCUGGCAGGCAUUCGCAUGGGGGCAGUGUUUACCUCUUGAUUUUUAGAAAGUUUAAUCUUGUAUAAGAGGUGGUGCCAAAAAUCCCACGUCUUUUGUAAAUUAGCAGAUCCCCUUCACAUUAGUCACGGCAGUGUAAAUCCCUUCAAAGAUUGAGUUCUCAGGGCAAAGUAAACUAUGACGUCAGACUUAGUUGCUGCACGAUUUAAUGUUGUUGUAAAUGAUAAAUAUAUCUUCCCAGAAAAAUGGAAGGACAAUGAAGUAGGUCAACAGUUACGCACGGCAGAAGUUGAUUUCUGAAAAUCUGUUAAUUGGAAUGAGUAGAAGCCAAACAUGGCUUCUGUGUGUCUCAAAUGCUUCCUUCUGUUUGAGAUGAGAAAAUUCAAAGCAUCUGGUUAUCCCAUUACUCCCGACUAGAGAGUAGCAGGAAAUCAAGAGCUCAGAGUCGAUCCAAGGUUACUGCGGUGACCAUAUGCUAACACUUGUUGGAGAGCCAACCACAUGGCUUGCAACUUUACAUGUGGUAAUAAAAUAUACCAGAAACAUGACAAAAUAGAAUGUUCCUAUUGAAAACGACGCUGUAGAGAUUUCUUAUGGUGUGCACCGACAAAAAUGCACACAGACAUGUGCUUGACAUGCAGAGCAGCUCAGAGUUGGUUUGGGAUUGCUUGCCAUUGCUAGGUCAGUGGUAGCACACGUUCUGUGCUUGGCACAAAGGUUUCUUGCAUGGGUUCGAGGCAGGCACCUGUCUUCAUGCAAAUGCUCCUCAACCCCCUGUGGGUUUCGUGUAUCGGUGAAGCUCUGAAACUGAAAGCUGCCGUUGCAUUGUGGGUCCUGUAUUGUGCCGACCUAGUAAGUCUGAGGAAUGGGUUGAUGGCAGUUAAUUUGCACGUGUGGAAAAACAUUCAAAAAUUUGUAUUUAAAGGUUUUAGUGUUUCCAAAAAUGUAAACUGUUAAUGUAACCUCUUAACAUUAUUUUACUUUUUUUAACUGCAUUUGAAACAUGCAUUACAAACUGCACUGAUUAAUGCUUAUAUUUUCUGGUUCAAAUUUUGCGUUUUCAGAUUGUGCCAUUCAUUUUUGGCAUUUUGUGGACGAAUAUUCCGUCGGAUACAUGCAAUGGUGUGGUCACUGAAGCGUUUUGGCUUAUGCCCUGCAUGACUAGUCCUGUUUUACUUUUGCUGGUGCGAAAACAUGCACCCUCCUAAAUUGGGCAUCCUCCAUCACAAUAAAAGGGCAAAAAGCUUGCGAUGUUCACUGUGCAGAGCUGUUUUGAGCAGCUCUUUCAGAUCCUGUCCUGAGCAAGGAGUCGUGCCCAGGCAGUCAACACCACCACAGGUGGUGGUGCAGAUCAGAGAAGUACGGACGGAGGUUGUGGCACUGUGUGCCUCUGUGGUUAUUCUUCAUAGCUGGCAAUAGGCACUCACUCUUCUGUCACCAAAUGCUUUGUUUUCUCCAUGCCAUGUGUAGUAGUAAAUGACUCUCAUACUUGCUCUUGUUUACAUAUUGUAACAUAAACAUGAAUUCAGACAUUCGGGUUAUCUUUUAGAUGUUUUUUUUUUAUUAUAUUAGCAGACUUUUUUGUUAAGUUGCCUGGUGGAAGUGAAGAUGCACAUCACUGAUUAUUAUUAUUUGCUCUUUACUCAUCACUGGUCUAGAUUUGUGUAUAUAUAUUCAGUGUUAACUUGCAAUUUUCAUAAUUUUGAAUAUUCAGCAAACAAUAAGAAAGCAUUUACACCACUUAUUAAUCAUUUAGAUUUCGGGUUGUUUGUUACGAUUAUAGGCAUUAAUUUACACGUCGUAUUAUAAUAUCUGAAAAUUUGUACAAAAUGAAAAAUGUGUCAUUUUACUUUGUUCAUAAAUAUUCUUUUCGUUAAGAUAGUAUGGACAAAAAUGCAUGUCCGAAGUGUGGCAGUGGGGCGAGUCAGACGGAACAGCAGAGGUCUUCACUCUCCCUCCAUCUCUUGUAGAGCCAGUCACCUCUAUUGACCCACUCUUCCUCGACAGGAGUCUCAUGAUAUUUCACCUAACUGUGCAAAGUGAGCAGUUGUCUUCAUUUUUUUGAAAAAUUUAAACACAAAACAUUCUGCCCAGUGUAUUUCACAACCUCAAGUUAUAUUCUCUAGGUUAACAUGGGUAUGAUGCACACCCAAGCCACACAUUACCACAAAAACAUGCAUUUGUUAUCACUUUGCAGAUUAUUAAACUGGAAUACAAAUAUACAUUUUCAAACUGAAGUGUGUAACAAUACGCGGUGCAAUGUGAAACGGUUGUUCAUGGUGACUGUAGUGUGGCUGAGGCCAAAUUAAUCUUGAGUUUUUUGAAAAAUUAUUUCCUGAAAGUGAUCUGGCAGAUUUUGAUAUUCAUUACUGGUCAAUGUGUUUCCAUUUUUAAAGUUUGUUUCAAAUGUCCCUGCGGGAAUAUGAAACGAUUGACUUAACUGCGUUUAAGUGUGUCGUGUUGCCGGAGGGUUAUGGGUCAGAUGGGUUUUUUUAGACGGUGAUGAAAACUGAGUUUGAGUUUUUUUUAUGGUUUGCAAUUUACUGUAUGUGAUGUCAGUCUUGUUUUGGUUUCAUUAUCUUUGUUAUAGUUUUCAAGACUUUGCCAUUUCCACUGUAAGCUAAGCAACUUAGAACACAAGCAUCGAGCAAGCUGGUUAUAUAUAUACGGUAUGUGCGCGUCUGUUAUAUCUGCACGACUCUGACAAGGUGCGUGUCCAAACAAGCGUCUUAACACAAAUGGUUUAAAUGGUGGCACGAAUGGCCUGGGUUGACAAUGCUCUUAUACGUGUUUGUUUUAUGAAUGAGAUUUUGCAUAAUUUGACAAUUAAAAAAUUGAAUAUUAAUAUUUACAGCUGUAUAAACAUUGCAUCUGAAACGUAAAAAAUGUUCCGUGUAGAGUGACCAAACUUGGAACGAUAUUUUUAACGAGUUAAACUUUCCAAGGCUUGUGCUGUAUGCUUAUCGAGUUUAUCCUCUUUCUAGUGUGCAGGUUGCUACUGUAUAUCGUUGCGGCGGUAAUUGUCGUGAACUGCAUUAGCACACGAGCGAAACGCUUGGCCCCCGCUUCCUCUGUAGUCGAGAGAAGCGGCACGAUGCAGUGGCGUGCACGCUACUCUACUGCAGCCGAGGGUGCUUCGAACUGCAUGGGGUCUCCAUCGACAAUAAAUGAAGGUUUGAA